CUCCAAGAGUUAACCUGCAGCACUGCUCAGAAGAGCAGAGGCAGAGGAUACACAAGCGUCCCGGAGCUCUGGCUUGCAGGGGAAUGACAUGCGGUUUUGAACAAGCAGCUGCCGCAGCAGGUCUGGCCCAUUGGCCAGUAACAACCAGAGGGAAAGGCACCACCUUGCCAUAAAGUCCAUGGAGGAGUGAAGAAGCUGAUAUGAAUGAGUGCUACAAGUUUUCCCCACAGAGACCUUGGGUUUUGAAAAGUGUUGAGAAGUCCAAGCCCAGCAACCUACAAGGGAAAGAGGAACAAGAUUCUGAGUGGUCAUUGGAUAUACUGAGAUCAAACAGUCUUUUGAGUAGUAAAAUCAGGAGAAACAUGGUGUUGAGAAGCAUUUGAAUGCCAUAUCUAAGCUUUUCAGAAACACUAUUGUAAUUCAUGGUUCUCGUCUGCCAUGGUCUGGUCUAUGGGAGCCGUGGAGAAAUGGCCAAGCGGACCUUCUCCACCUUGGAGACAUUCCUGAUUUUCCUUCUUGUAAUGAUGACUGCCAUCACAGUGGCCCUUCUCAGUCUCUUGUUUAUCACCAGUGGGACCAUUGAAAACCACAAAGAUUCAGGAGACCAUGGUUUUCCUACCACCCAAAGCACUCCAGUCAUGCAGGGCCACAUAACCACACAAGCCUCUCCAGGUGCUUGCACCCCAGAGCUGCCUCUAUUUCAGAACUUCAGUGGCUACUAUAUUGGUGUUGGGCGAGCUGACUGCACAGGACAAGUAGCGGAUAUCAAUUUGAUGGGCUACGGGAAAUCUGGCCAGAAUGCUCGGGGCAUCCUCACGAGGUUGUAUAGUCGUGCAUUCAUCAUGGCGGAACCCACUGGGUCAAACCGAGUAGUGUUUGUCAGCGUCGACAUAGGCAUGGUAUCCCAACGACUCAGGCUGGAGGUCCUGAACAGACUGCAGAGCAAAUAUGGCUCCCUGUACAGAAGAGACAAUGUUAUUCUGAGUGGCACUCACACACAUUCGGGUCCAGCAGGAUAUUUCCAGUACACUAUAUUUGUCAUUGCCAGUGAAGGAUUUAGCAAUCGAACCUUUGAGUAUAUGGUCACUGGUAUUGUACAGAGCAUCGAGAUAGCACAUGCAAAUAUGAAACCAGGCAAAAUAUUCAUCAAUAAAGGAGAUGUAGAUGGUGUACAGAUCAAUCGAAGUCCUACAUCUUACCUUAAGAAUCCACAGUCAGAGAGAGCAAGGUAUUCUUCAAACACAGACAAGGAAAUGGUACUCUUGAAAAUGGUGGAUUUGAAUGGAGAUGACAUGGGCCUUAUCAGCUGGUUUGCCAUUCACCCGGUCAGCAUGAACAACAGCAACCAUCUUGUAAAUAAUGACAAUAUGGGCUAUGCAUCUUACCUUUUUGAGCAAGAGAAGAACAGAGGAUAUCUACCUGGACAGGGACCAUAUGUAGCAGCCUUCGCUUCAUCAAACCUGGGAGACGUGUCCUCCAACAUUCUGGGCCCACAUUGUCUCAACACAGGAGAAUCUUGUGAAAAUGCCAACAGCACCUGUCCUAUUGGUGGGCCCAGCAUGUGCAUUGCUAAGGGACCUGGACAAGAUAUGUUUGACAGCACACAAAUAAUAGGACGGACUAUUUACCAGAGAGCAAAGGAACUGUAUGCCUCUGCCUCCCAGGAGGUGACUGGACCACUGUCUUCAGCUCACCAGUGGGUGAAUAUGACAGAUGUGACCGUCUGGCUCAAUUCCACACACACAGUAAAAACAUGUAAACCAGCAUUGGGCUACAGUUUUGCAGCUGGCACGAUUGAUGGAGUUGGAGGCCUCAAUAUUACACAGGGGAAAACUGAAGGGGAUCCAUUUUGGGACACCAUUAGGGACCAGAUCCUGGGUAAGCCAUCAGAAGAAAUCAAAGAAUGUCAUAAACCAAAGCCAGUCCUUCUUCACACUGGUGAGCUAUCAAAACCUCAUCCCUGGCAUCCAGAUAUUGUUGAUGUUCAGAUUAUUACUCUUGGGUCCUUGGCUAUAACUGCUAUCCCUGGAGAGCUUACGACCAUGUCUGGACGACGACUUCGAGAGGCAGUUCACGCAGAAUUUGCAUCUUAUGGAAUGAAGGACAUGACUGUUGUUAUUUCGGGUCUAUGCAAUGUUUAUUCACAUUAUAUUACAACUUAUGAAGAAUAUCAGGCUCAGCGGUAUGAAGCAGCAUCUACAAUUUAUGGACCACAUACUCUGUCUGCUUAUAUCCAGCUCUUUAGAGGUCUUGCAAAGGCCAUUGCAACGGAUACAGUAGCCAACAUGAGCAGCGGUCCCGAACCUCCAUUUUUCAAACAUCUGAUAAUCCCAUUGAUUCCUAAUAUUGAGGAUAAACCACCAUUAGGCAGAAAUUUUGGGGAUGUCCUACAACCACUGAAACCUAAAUACAGAGUGGGAGAAGUUGCUGAAAUUACCUUUGUAGGGGCUAACCCAAAGAAUUCAGCAGAAAACUGGACCCAUCAGACCUUCCUCACUGUAGAGAAAUAUGAGAACACUACAGCAGCAUGGCAGAUAAUGUAUAAUGAUGCCUCCUGGGAGACUCGGUUUUAUUGGCACAAAGGACUGCUGGGUCGGAGCAAUGCAACCAUAGAAUGGCAUAUUCCAGACACAGCCCAGCCAGGAAUUUACAGAAUAAGAUAUUUUGGACAUAAUCGCAAGAUGGAGAUUCUGAAACCUGUGGUCAUACUUCCAUUUGAAGGCACUUCUUCCAUUUUUGAAGUUGUAACUAUUUAGUGAAAAGUUUUCAGAUAUUUUAAAGAUUAGCUUUACCUUGUAUAUGUACUGAUUGCACAUGAAUGUGAACUACCACUUGGACUUCUAUAAUCGUCCCUGUUUGGGGACUGUUUACUGCUAAUGGGACAGAGGUGCACAUGUGUGUGUGUCUGUGUGUAUGGGGGUGAUAGGGAGGGAAAGAGAGGAGUCUCAUUCAGUCUUACGACAGCAGCCAUGCACCUUGCAGUUCACAACUUAGAGCAAGCAUGAUUUCCCUUGAGGCCUUGUGGUUGUUUAAGGGACAGUUCCCUUUAAUAUGAAGCUUCUGAAAUGUUAGUGAGAGUAUUCAAAGAUGUGCGAACAAUAUCUAACCUAUUUCUUUUAGAAUUAUUGAAUGUCAACACUGGAAGACUUUGCAAAAAUUCUCUAUAUAGUCUUUCCUUUUACAGAUAAAAAAAAAUGAGCUUUUUAAAUUUAAGAUUAGAAUAAGGUUAUAAGACCUUUCCUCCAAUUGCAUUUAAAAGUAUUAUGUAAUCUUACCAUAAAUGUAUGAGCUUGAUUAGAGAAACAGAAAAUUAGCAUGCCAAUUUUACAUUUUAUACCCUAAUGACUAUUGCCCAUCAAAGCAGCCACCCUGGAGUCGUAUGCCUCGUUCAGAGCUGUUUUUGAUGGUCAAAGCAUUUCUGAAUUGCCUUCAGAGCCCAACUGUGAGAAAGUCAGACUUGCAAUAUUUUGAUCAUGCCUUGUAUUUCCUUAAGUGUCCUUAUCCCAUUGGAUUGUGUCUCUUAUUCCCAAGACUUAAUCUAAACGAUUCUUGACUGUUUUUGCUGAUCAAAUUCACCUCAAACCACAAAACUUUGCCAUUAGUAUAGUUUUAAGUGGAUGUUUUACUGACUGGAAGGCAAUCCUUGAACAUUAGGUUCUAAAUUCACUAUCAAUUCUUUUAUCAAUUGCUCACUUGCAUUGCUCACACACUCACUAUGGACCUGUUCAGGCAUAGAAUAUUUAUUAAGAUUUACAUAUUCAGCAUUGUACUAGUGUUUGGACCUUGACAAUUAGUGAGAUCAUAUUUGAGACAAAUGUGUAAGUGUCAAAAGAUGACUAUUUUGAAUGAGAAAAAUUUCAAUUUGAUAUAUAAAUUCUGGAGAGACAUUUAAAAAUCAGAAACCUUAAAGUUCAUAUUGUAUAACUUUUGUGUUGGACCUUCUAAUUGGGGAGAAUAGAGACUGCAGACAAUUUGGUAAAUAUUAUUUUAAAGUUAUUUGAGGGCAUUGUGAAAUACCCAGCUGGAUGUCCCAAAGAAUGAAAAAUGACAGUCUAACAUCAAUUGCCUGAAAGUACGAAUUGCAUUUAAAAUUAUGUAAGUUAACUAGGAGUGCCCAGACUGCAAAGUAAACUUCCAAACCCCAAGUCAAAAUUUUUUGUAUGUGUGCAGAAGCUUUAGCACUUUAGGAUAAAAUCAACUUUUACUUCGAAAACAACUUUAAGAUUUAAAAAUAAUAACAAUAUUAAUAAUGAUAAUACUAACAUUCAUUUACAUAUAACUGAACAACUUAAACAUGAUACAUUGAAUUAGAAUGAACCUGAAACACUUUUCCAUGAAUCAGUACUCUAGAGGGUUUUCUAUGAAGGUCAACUAAAGAAUUAGCUAAUAAUUUCCAAGACUUGUGAUCAUUUUUCUUAAAGACAAUACCAUAUUUAGUAUAAAGUUCUGGGGCCAAAAGAAGAGAUGAUUCUGGAAGUAUCAUCCAAAUAAUAAUUAUAUUAGAACUUAUGAUAUUGGUUUUUAAAGUAUUUCUCAUUAUUCAGAAGAAUGCAUGAAUUAUUUUUCAACAUCUCCACUCCUUCCCUUAAAUAUUUCCUCAAAAAGUUUGUCUGAUUCCCUCUUGCUCACUUGCAACUGUAUAAGGUGGCCUUUUUAUCACCUGUGAUCCUUCUGCACCCCUCUGUUGACCAGUGCUCUUGCACCCAGAUAGUCCAUGGAAACCUGUUAUCUCAUUAGCUAUCACUUCUUCCAUUCCAUGUAGUUCUAUUUUUUUGCAGUGCAUAAAAGAUACAGCUGAGCAUGAACCAUAGUUAUUUGCCCGAGUAUGAAAGAACCCCAUUAAGUAUCUGAUCUAAUCUAAAAUUUAAAAGCGGAUACAGUCUGUGUCUGUGAUUGCUACUAGGAAUGGCUCUUUGGGAGCAUAAUCACGUGAAAGAAACUCCUGAAAAUGGCAGACGAUGUGGAAAAUGGUGGGUUGGGUUGGUGGGAGAACUGUUUUGGAGAAGAUUUUGUUCUCAUGUCCAAGUGUCUGUGCUUUAUUUGUUGUACUCUGCCUAUUCUGGCUUAACUGAUAUUGUGAUUUCUUCAAAAAGCAAUGAAUGAUUCCUGUUCCAAAUCUGUAUUCUUUUGAGGAGUUCGAGGAGUAUUCUAUAAAACUGUCACUAUUCAAUAGAAUAUUUAAUAAUAUAUUAAGAAUUGUACUUGAAAAAGCAUUUUCUAAUUAAAAGUAAUGUAGACA